AUGGCGGAGGGAUCAAACAGGAAAAUGAAGUGCAAAGGUGAAUCCUUCCUUCUGGAAUCUGGAGAAAUCUGCGUCUCCAUUCCCAACUCUGUUAUCGAGAAGAGCGAGCACAUAUGGGAAUCUUUCAUUAUUGCUCAGUUCCAUGGCAAAGCCCCUUCCCCGGGAGAUUUGCACGCCAUCACUAAUGGUAUAUGGAGUAGUAAGCUAAGGAACAUCACUGUUUCUAAGCUUUUGAAAAAGGCGUUCUUGAUAAAAAUUCCUUGCCCAAUAACUUGGCAGAAAGUCAUUGUGCAAGGAAUGUGGCAUAUUGAUAACCAACCCAUGUUUGUUGCUAAGUGGAAACCAGGACUCCAGCCGGAAAUCCCCGAACUCACUUCUGUUCCUGUGUGGCUUGACUUUCACAAUGUCCCUCCGCAGUUCUACUCGGAAGAAGGUCUCGAGCAUAUCGUUGGUGCUCUAGGGGACCCCCUCUUCCUUCACCCAGCUACUGCAAACAUGACAAAAUUGGAAGUGGCUCGGGUUUUCACCAUCAUCGACCCCUCUAAGCCUCUGCCAGAAGCAAUAAACGUGAGGUUCGAUUCUGGACAUGUUGAACGUGUGGAAGUCUCCAGCCCGUGGUUACCGCCUACAUGUGAGCACUGUAAGGGAGUGGGACACAACAUAAAGAGCUGGCCUACUGCCCCCAUCACGUGUCCUACUUGUCAGUCUUCAGGCCACAAGCUAGAGGAUUGCCCAAGAUCCAAAACAUCUGAGACAUCGAAGGGUGAGGAGGAAAAGAAAAAGAAGAAAAAGAAAAAGAAAGCGAAGCACCCCAAACCCUCAACUGAGCAAGCUAGCAAGGAGGAUACCUCUGAGGGAAACAUUGUUAUCGACAUUGGUUUGGAUGCGAUUGGUGACAUCACAUCCAAUGAAAAGGAAACUGUUGUCGCAAACCCGGCGGAAGAACAAGAUUCUGAUGUUGAAUCUCAACUCUCUGCUGAUAGCGAGCCUGAGGAGAACUCUUCUGAAGAAGAACAAGAGAAGUCAAGUUCUGAUGAAGAAGGCGAGUCCUCGGAAAGUCUGAGCUCUGAUGAUUCCGGUUUCUCACAAGUUACCUCGAAGAAAACACGGAAGCAACAAAAGAAGAAGGAAAGGCAAGCUGCUAUGGCUCUAAAACCCCAGAGGGAAAAAGAGCUUUCUAGGAGCAAACGCUCCAAAUCUCGCAAUCUCUGA